AAGCUCAAAAAGAAAGACCUGUCAAUGAAAGUCUUUCUUUACUCUUAAGCUAAAGGCCCCCAAUUAUGGAAUUAUAUCUCUUCAUUCCUCCAUUUUCGUUUCUCCAUUCCCCAACUCUCCUAUUUUGCACUACACUGUUCUCUACUGCCUUCUGCAUCCUCUUUUCAUGAAUCAAUCUGCUUGAAAGAAGUUCGGAGUUGAUUUUUCUUGGAUUGGAUGGGUAAAACAAUUCAGCUUUUUGGAUUCCCUUCUGGUGUAUUGCAAGAAUCAGUUAAGACGUUUGUAGAGGGAAUUACAGGCACAGGAACUAUUGAUGCCAUAAAUACGAAACGUUCGAAGGGAGGAGGAAGACGAGUGUAUGCUAUCAUCCAGUUUACUGAUGAAGAAGGUGCUAAGUCAAUUAUAUCUAAGGCUACUGAACGCCUUUGUUAUGGUACUUCUUAUCUGAAGGCAAGGGAGAUGAAACAUGAUAUUCUACCAGAUCCGCUUGUCUUUGAUUACAACUUCAAAGCUCUAAGACUACAUCUUGGCUGUCAGAUAUCAAAGGAAAGUUUUUCCGUGUUAUGGACAGAGUCGAAUGUUUCUGUAGAUUUCGGGUUUGAGCUGCGCAAGCUUUAUUUCUUCAUAUCCUAUCCUCGUGUUGACUACAUGCUCGUAUUGCGCUACGAGAACAUUUGGCAGGUUGAGUUACACAAGCCACAUGGUCAAUCUGUAGAUUAUCUUCUGAUUCAGUUAUUUGGUGCUCCACGGAUUUAUGAAAGAGAUGCAAGGUCUUUUGGACUCAUUACUGAAGACCCUUUCUUAAACUUUUCCACGGAAAUUGACACCCAAUGGUUUCGAGCAACUGAUUUUACUCCAUCAUGUAGUAUUGGACAAUCUGCUGCUUUAUGCUUGGAGAUUCCCUACGGUCGCCAGCUCCCUAAUUUUCAUGAUAAAUUUGCUUACUUCAAAGAAAUCAAGGGUAAAUUUACAUUGGUCAGUGGUUCUACUUAUUCCUCCAAUGUAAACUUGGUACCUGUAGUUACACCUCCUCGAACCAUCAACUUGCCAUAUACAAUUUUGUUUAAGAUAAAUUUGUUGGUACAACAAGGAUGUCUUCCAGGCCCAGCUCUUGAUAUUAGUUUCUAUCAGAUGGUAGAUUCUCAGAUAUACAAUACUGCCGUCAUAGAUCAUGCGUUAAAGAAACUUCUCCACUUGAAAGAGUGUUGCUAUAACCCUUCAAAAUGGUUAGAUGAGGAAUACAGAAAGUACUUCAAAUUAAAGAAUCCCCCCCAGCCACCUAUUUUGACCUUGAAUGAAGGGUUAGUCUAUGUACACAGGGUUCAAGUGACACCUUGUAAAGUUUACUUUUGUGGUCCAGAAGUUAACAUUUCAAAUCGUGUAUUACGCCGGUAUCCUGACUACAUUGACAACUUUUUGCGUGUUUCAUUUGUUGACGAGGAAUUGGGUAAAAUGUAUUCAACUGAGUUGUCUCCACGUGCAUCUUCUUCUUUGGAGGAUGGAAAGACAAAAAUUUUUAAACGGAUUCUUUCAGUUCUAAGAGAUGGCAUCACUAUUGGUGAUAAGAAGUUUGAGUUUCUAGCUUAUUCAUCUAGUCAAUUACGGGAAAAUGCUGCAUGGAUGUUUGCUCCAAAAAAUGAACUUACUGCAGCUAAAAUAAGGCAAUGGAUGGGAGAUUUUCAUAAUAUACGAAAUGUAGCCAAGUAUGCUGCUAGACUAGGCCAAUCCUUUGGUUCAUCAACAGAAACUUUAAGUGUCAGUAGACGUGAAGUUAAAGUUAUUCCUGAUAUUGAAGUUGAAUCAGGUAGUGGUGUCAAUUAUGUCUUCUCUGAUGGUAUUGGGAAAAUAGCAGCUAGUUUUGCUAGAAAAGUGGCUAAAAAAUGUGGGAUCAGGCAUACACCAUCUGCUUUUCAGAUUCGUUAUGCUGGUUUUAAAGGUGUUAUUUCUGUUGAUCCUACCUCAUCAGUAAAAUUAUCGCUAAGGAACAGCAUGCUCAAGUAUGAAUCAACAGACACGAAGCUUGAUGUUUUAUCAUGGAGUAAAUAUCAUCCUUGCUUUCUAAAUCGUCAGUUGAUUACUCUUUUGUCUACACUUGGAGUUCAGGAUCAUGUUUUUGAGAGUAAACAACAGGAGUUGAUUGAUGAAUUGGACACCAUUUUUAGUGAUCCAUUGAAGGCUCAGCAGGCUCUUGAGCUAAUGUCUCCAGGAGAGAAUACCAAGAUACUUAAGGAAAUGAUGUUGUGCGGUUACAAACCUGAUUCUGAACCUUUCUUAAGAAUGAUGUUGCACACAUUCAGAGAAUCAAAGUUGAUGGAAUUGCGAAUGAAGUCAAGGAUCUUCAUUCCAAAUGGAAGAGCAAUGAUGGGAUGUCUCGACGAAACAAGAAACUUGGAAUAUGGGGAGGUAUUUGUGCAGUGUUCUGCACAUCAGCAGCUGCAUGACGAUCGCGUAAUCUUUAAGAGAAUAAAAUCGAACCGGCAUUUCAUUGUAACUGGAACAGUUGUAGUGGCCAAAAACCCCUGCUUGCACCCAGGUGAUGUGCGCGUUUUAACAGCCGUGGAUGUACCAUCACUGCAUCACAUGAUAGAUUGUGUGGUUUUUCCACAAAAAGGGUCAAGACCUCAUCCAAAUGAAUGCUCUGGAAGCGAUCUAGAUGGUGAUAUUUACUUCGUCUGUUGGGACCCUGAUUUGAUUCCACCUCAACAAGUUGAACCAAUGGAUUAUACCCCUGUACCUAGCCAAGUACUAGAUCAUGAUGUCACAAUGGAGGAGGUCCAGGAGUAUUUUGCAAAUUAUAUGGUCAAUGACAGUUUAGGAAUCAUUGCCAAUGCUCAUACAGCUUUUGCAGAUAAAGAGCCAAAGAAAGCAAUGAGCAAUCCUUGUAUACAGCUCGCAAAACUAUUCUCAAUUGCAGUCGACUUUCCGAAAACUGGAGUCCCUGCUUUAAUACCUGCUAAUCUAAGAGUAAAAGAAUAUCCGGAUUUCAUGGAUAAAGCCGACAAAGUGACAUACGAGUCGGAGAAUGUACUGGGGAAACUAUUUAGAAUGUUGGAUAGCAUUGGUCCAAACAUUAAGAAUAUCAGGUCCUUCAACUAUACGCCGGAGAUGGCUCGGCAAGAUUAUGACCCUGACAUGGAAGUUGAAGGUUUCGAGGAGUACCUCGACGAUGCAAUAUAUCACAAGAACAACUAUGACAUGAGGUUGGGAAAUUUGAUGCACUAUCAUAAGAUCAAAACUGAGGCGGAAUUGAUCAGUGGUGGUAGUUUGACGUCAUCAUUAUCUUUCACCAUGAAAAAUGAAGCGGAAUCGAUUAUCUUGGCUGUGAAGUCGCUGCGAAAGGAGGCGAGGGGCUGGUUCAAUGAGAAAGCAGACUUACAUUAUGGACAUCAUACUAAUGUGUAUGCAAGAGCUUCAGCAUGGUAUUUUGUUACAUAUCAUCACACCUACUGGGGGUGGUCUGAUGGCAGAAAGAAUCAUGGCCAUUUUCUUAGCUUUCCAUGGUGUGUUUAUGAUAAACUCAUCCGUAUCAAGCACCGCAAAAUUAAUUGUAGAGCUCGCUAUUGAUAGAACGUCUACAAAGUAUACAGGACGCCAUCCCGAUUAGGUCCAUCAUGUUCUGAGUUUUGAAGUUGAAGAACAAAUCUUUUAUUUUUGUUCAUGUUUUCAACAAUGUUAAGACACUCCUUAGUGUUAUGAAUUGGAGAAAUCCAUUCCUUUGGUUUCUCCAAGGAAUGUACAGUGACGCAUUAAGUUGUGAACAACAAUCAACCUUUGAUGAUAUAAAUAGUGGCACAGAUUUGGUUAACUUCCACUAGUUACCCUUUAUUCA